CUUGGCACAUUCGCCACGUGCGGGCGGGUGUCGAAUCUGCGGCUGUGGGCGCGGAGGCGCUAACGGGGAGGCGGGAGCCGCCCGGCGUCGCCCCCUUCCUGCAGCGGCGGCGGUGCCGGCGGUGCCCGCGGCCCUGCCGCCCGCCGCGCCUGCCCGCCCGGGCCCCAGGAAAUGAACUCAAGAAGAUGAAGCCUAAUAAAGGAAAGACCUGCACUAGGGAGAGAGACUAUGUGUACAAAUUCAGUGCUGGAAAUCAACAUUUAAUGCUUACCGUGCCUCUCAAAUUCCCUGUACAAGAGAAUAUUACUCAUUUGCAUGGACGUCUAAUGCUUCUGCACAAUCUGCCAUGCUUUAUAGAAAAUGACCUGAAGCAAUCUCUUAAUAAGUUCAUAGAAGAGGAAACUAUAAAAGAUUAUGAUAGAGAAGCUGAAAUAGCUCUGGAAGCAGUGAAAUCAGGAAAAGUAGACUUAAACCAGCUGGCAGAUGCUUGGGCUAAAGCUUAUAAAGAGACCACUUUAGAAUAUGCAAAACCUGAAGAAACCAGCUGGGAUGAAGAUUUUGCAGAUGUUUAUCAUGAUCUGAUACAUUCUCCAGCUUCUGAAAUGCUGUUAAACCUGGAACACAAUUAUUUUGUUAGUAUCUCUGAAUUAAUAAGUGAAAGAGAUGUGGAACUGAAAAAACUACGGGAAAGACAAGGAGCUGAAAUGGAUAAGGUGAUGCAGGAGCUAGGGAAAUCACUAACAGACCAAGAUGUAAAUUCGUUAGCAGCUCAGCACUUUGAAUCUCAGCAGGAUUUGGAGAACAAAUGGAUGAAUGAAUUAAAACAGUCUACUGCUAUCCAGAAACAGGAAUAUCAGGAAUGGGUGAUAAAGCUUCAUCAGGACCUAAAGAAUCCCAGCAACAGCUCAGUCAGUGAUGAAAUUAAGGUUCAGCCCAGCCAGCUGAGAGAAUCUGUAGAAGGAAAUGGAAGAAUUUAUGAAGAGCAAAGACUGUUAGAAGAAAGUUUUACUAUUCACUUGGGAGCUCAGUUGAAGACCAUGCAUAAUUUGAGAUUACUGAGAGCUGAUAUGCUGGAUUUCUGUAAAUACAAGCGCAGUCAUCGAAGUGGAGUAAAACUUCACAGGCUUCAAACUGCAAUGUCUCUCUAUUCAACUUCUCUCUGUGGCCUGGUUUUAUUAGUAGAUAAUCGUAUCAGUUCAUAUAGUGGCAUCAAAAGAGAUUUUGCCACUGUUUGCCAAGAAUGCACAGAUUUCCAUUUUCCUGGAAUUCAAGAACAGCUUGAAAUUGUCCAGAAGGUUGUGCUUAAGGCCAGAGCACAGCGUAGCAGUAAGUCGAAAAGACAUCAUGAAAACAAGAGUAGUGGAAAUGAAGAUAAAUUAAAGAAUAUUGAACGAAACCAGUCAAAUAUUUUGCCGGGAGAAUUCUACAUCACGCGCCAUUCAAAUCUGUCUGAAAUUCAUGUUGCUUUUCACCUCUGUGUGGAUGAUAACGUAAGAUCUGGUAACGUAACUGCUCGGGAUCCUGCUAUCAUGGGACUCAGAAACAUUCUCAAAGUUUGCUGCACGCACGACAUUACUACCAUUAGUAUUCCUCUCCUGUUGGUGCACGAUAUGUCAGAAGAGAUGACCAUUCCAUGGUGCUUGAAGAGGGCAGAGCUUGUGUUCAAGUGCGUCAAAGGUUUCAUGAUGGAAAUGGCCUCGUGGGAUGGAGGAAUUUCUCGGACUGUACAGUUCUUGGUACCACAGACAAUUUCUGAGGAAAUGUUUUACCAACUGAGUAAUAUGCUUCCCCAAAUCUUCAGAGUAUCCUCUACAUUGACUCUGACCUCUAAGCACUGAAUUUUGUGCGGCAGCAAAAUGUAUCCUGUUGACAAAGGAUGAGAUUGCAGAGAUCCGGGACUGUAAUGUCACUCUUCUGAGGGAUGAUGACCCUGAAGUGGCAAUUGUUGCACUUUCAAGAAUCAUGUAAUCGUAAUAAAAGAUAAAUGCUAUCUGUA